AUUCGAGUUAAUCGAUAUAGUAUCGAUUUUUUACGUUUGGAAAUUCGAGACCCUUUUCUCCUUUUUUUGUUGAUUUCAGGUUGAUAUUUUAGUGAGAUGGCCUGUAUUCAUGAUAAGGUCACGGCUCGGGAAGUGUUCAACUGACGUUUUUUUUUUUCUUACAUGACGGACUGAUGUUUGUGUAUCGGUAUCCGAGGAGAGUGUACUUGUUAUACUCGCAAUCGAUCAGUUUUCUGUUAUUUUUCACAUUGAAUUGUUUGUAAAAAGGAGUGGCACCAGAUAUGCAGAAUUAUUUUAAUUUACUGAGCUUCUAAUGGAAGCAAAAGCGAACAAUUUUGGUGUUGAAUAAUGCUAAAGUAAAGGACAUAGACAUGGAUAAGUUGACAUUAAUAUCAGGAACAUUGUUUCUAGCAGCGGAUGUGUUUGCCAUCGUUAGUUUAGCGAUGCCCGACUGGAUUAUAACAGACGUCGGAGGUGAUACACGUCUAGGUCUUAUGUGGACAUGUAUGACACUGUAUAACAGAUCACAAAUUUGCUACACACCAGACUUGCAACCAGAAUGGUUACUUGCACUUGUUUGCAUAUUUGUUGGUUGCAUAUGUAUUACAACUACCAUUAUAUUAUUGGCAUCAUCUCAUUGGGACCGUAAUGUAGUGCCAUAUGCACGAUGGGUUGGCUUCACUGCUAUGGUCUUAUUUUGUUUGGCAGCUGUUAUAUUUCCAAUGGGAUUUCAUGUUGACGAAAUAGGCGGACAACCAUACCAGCUUCCUAACAGUCAUCAAGUGGGAGUUUCGUAUAUAUUAUUUGUGCUUGCCUUGUGGAUAACAGUAAUUUCUGAAUUGUUUGCAGGAAAAGUAUGUCUUCCUCAUUUUUGAACAUGUUCUAUUGAGGGAAAGAAAAAAGAGAGAGUAAAUUUCAACUUUCUGUAGGAAAUAAGCUUUCCAGCUACAUCAUCGCCGGAAUUGUGAUGAAGAGAUAUUUUAUACAUUUUUUAAGUUCCUACUAUAGAAAUUAUUUACAAGAGGUUUUGUUAUGUAUUCUCAUCAGAGAUUUUAAGUUACCUUAUUCUGGACUACAGGACUAAGUACAUAGUUUUCUACUGUUUGUACAGUAGAAGUGGUGACCAUUAAUUCACUUUGUAUUUUCAAAUGGAAUUUUUAUUUACAUUGAAAAUUAUUAGUUCAGGUUUAUGUUAAGAUAAAAGAAAAUGCAAAUUGCUGUUUAUAUAGGCUGUACAUAUGUGCAGGCGCACUCAGUGAAAACAAAGUGAGGCGGUAGCUUGGUGGAGACUUUAUUUCAAACAAAAGUUAUGCCCCUCUUCCAGUACAUCAACAAAUUUCAUUUCUCCAUACAACAGAAAUAACUUAGAGAACUGUUAAUUUGUAUAAAUGAAAAAAAUUCAAGGCCUGGGGCAAGUUGUCGCUUGCUGUGGGUGUCCCAGCACAUUUGUAUUUUGUCUUGAUAGGAAGUGUCAAAAGACUAUGUUCGUACUUGAAUGACCUUUCCUUUUUUUACACGGAUUAUAAAAUGGGUCUACUUUGUUUUUGAUGAUGAGCAAUAGCCAUGAAUAUACAUUCCAGUUCAACUUGUACCAAUAGCAAAAGUUUUACUGUGUUUGCUUCCAUGUGUACUUGUGGAAUACAAAUAAAUACAUUUAUUUUUCUACCAGUUCUGUAAAAUUUGUGAUUGGAUUCCUUAACUUCAGUGAAACUUUUAUUUGAACUUGUUAAGAACUUGAAUAUUUUUGAUUUCUGUUUUACUAUCCAUACAUCAUAUUAUGUUUGUUUGUGUAAAAGAUUUUGGAUUUACAUACCAGGAAUCAAUAUCAUUUUUGCUCUUCCUCUUUGUCACUAUGAACCUUUCGGAUUUCAAAAGUGAAGUGUAAAGUGAUUUUACGUAACAGAAUAAUAACAUUUUUAUAAGCAUGUACAUUUAAUGCCCAGAAGAGGAAAGAGCAGUUGGCAAAACAGUUUCUCAAAACUUUCAAUUGUUAGCUUGACAACAGAGGACAACAAAUGAAAUACAUAAGCCUUGUAAUU